GGGAAAAACAAUAGAAAGAAAGAUUUCAAAAGUGGGUGGAAAAAGGAAGCAGCUUAUUCCUCUACAGUGAAGGACAUCUCUCCCUUGUCCUCUCUCUCUGAUCAAAUCAGUCUUUAAAAGACUCUUUCUCUUUCUCUCUCUCUCGUACACUGCCAUUCCUACACAAAAGGCUUCCAUUCAAACUCUAAGAACUUCACUUCUUUCAUUCUACUAACUGUAGCUCCCCAAUAUAUAUAUAUAUAUAUAUAAAGUGUCAGUCAUCUCCUCUAAGAUUUGCUUUGAUUCAUUCAAACACAUAUAUCUUCUUCUUCACUAAAAUUCCACCCAUGUCCACUUCCAGUUCCAAAGUAUCUGAUAAGCACCUCCAAGGCCUUGAUCCUAGCUUGGCUCAUGCAGGGUUUUCCACACUCCGAAGGAACACAAACUCACCACCAAGUGGUGGUGAGAGGAGAGGCAGGAGGAAGCAGGCUGAGCCGGGGAGGUUCCUCGGCGUCCGGCGGCGGCCCUGGGGCCGGUAUGCUGCUGAAAUCAGAGACCCCACAACCAAGGAGAGGCACUGGCUUGGCACAUUUGAUACUGCUUAUGAAGCAGCUCUUGCUUAUGAUAGGGCAGCCCUCUCCAUGAAGGGCACUCAGGCAAGAACCAACUUUGUCUACUCAGACAACACAGCUUUCCACUCUCUUCUUGCUCCUUUUGAUGCCCCAACCGUACUGCAACCACCACAGAGCUUCUUCACCACCACCACCACGACUCAGACUGCACAGCAACAACAACCCAUUUCUCAAAACAACUCAUUUCAGCCUGAGGUUUCCCUGACAGAGACUGACAAUGACUCUUGCUCUCAAUCUUCAUAUGGAUCAUCACCUAAUGACAACAACUUCUUCUUCCCAACUGAUACCAAUUCAGGCUACUUGGGCUGCAUAGUUCCAGAAAGCUGCUUGAGGCCUCCCAAUGCCAACAAUAACAACUCCAUGAAUGGCAAUGCUACCAGUUCUUCUCAUGAUCAGAGCUUCUGCCAGAACACAAGUUUUCUCUACAGCCAGUCACACUGUGACAACAGUGGUUUAAGUACAGCAGCAAUGGCUUCCAACCCUGCAGGAGGUCAUGUUGCUUACUUUGAUGGACUGAACUGUGGAUUUUGGGGUGGUGAGCAGCAGCCAUGGGAGCUGAAUUCCUGUGAGCUCUCGGCUAUGGUGAAUAACCCAUUGAAGGUGGGAGAUGGGUGCAUGGGAACUUUGUACCCAACCAAUGAGAAUCCAGGCUAUGGGCUGAUGCCUCCCCCAGUCACUUCUUCUUCAACUUGUUCACCAUCAAUUCCUGCAUUCGGUGAUGCAGUUGAUUUUGGGUACUCUCUCUUCUGAUUGCUGGGGAAAAUGUUGAUCAUCCUCAUCCGUAAGGUUGCAUUGCUAGUCCACUGACUCACUCGCACCAGUUUUCCUUGUGUUCUUAUUAGUUUUCUUGAUGCAACUCUGUUUGCUCUUGUAAUUUACGCGAGAGAGAGAGAGAGAGAGCCUUUUAGGGUUUAUAAGAUAAUGAAACUUUGCU